AGAGCGCACAAGUGAUUAUGCAACAGAAUUCAGGCUGGUAGCGCGAGGUGGGUCCGGAUGGGGCUAGUUGGGAAGAAGAAGAAAAAAAGAGUUAUGGCAGGCGAUUUCAGGCCACCCCCGAGCAAGGAUCAUUCACUUGAACGACUUUACAUGGCGUUUCGCUUUUUCCGAGCAGACUGAUCAAAUAAUUUCCCAUCGCAAUGUACGAGUACCCUCUAGCACGGUGUCUCGUUCUAGAUGGAGAACCGCUCGAUUGUGACACGCUCUCUUUCAGACUCGCUCUCACAGGGGUAGGAGGGGUCGGGUGUCCACUCUGGAGAGAAAUCUGGGCAAGCGACACAGGAGCCUCGAGCUCAAAUGCCUCAGUGCCCUAAAUAGAAGGUCUACUCAUUAAAUUUUUUUUAUAACAUCUCCUACUGGAGUCAAGGGCUGGAUGCGCUCAAGCUAUUUUACGAGUAUAUAGAAGCAGGGGGCUGUCCCCUGCAUGGCGCGUACGCCAGAUUGAGUUUUGUUAUUGCUUCAAAGCUAGAGAGAGAGUCUUUACUUAGCCUCUGCGAACUUUGGUCCCUGCUUCUCCUACGAGUAGAUGUUGGCAACUCUAGACUCCAGGGUAUUAUCAUCGAGGAGAAUGUCGCGGCACAUGCCGGGCCAUGAUCCACAGAAUAGCACGUUCGUCCGAUCCUCCCAGCAAGGCGAAUACGAUCCGAUCUUGGCGAUAGGUUGGGGAAGACCUGAGAGAAGGUAAGGGGACGGAAUGGUGAAGCUACUGGUAUUCCUUGGGGCGCUUCUGUCAAAGAUCAGCCUGCUGCGAAUUUCCUGGGAAUGUGGGUCCGAAGGUGGUAGCCUGAACGUGCUUGCAUGGAAUUGCCUAUGAGAUUCCGCCUCAUAAUAAGUUUUUAACAUUGGUAUUUUAUUGCAGCUGGAGCCCAUGAUGCUUCCUCGCCGGGCUCAGCCACCCGGUGACGUCAAGUGAUCUCUAGCCCUCAGGCUCUGAGUCAAUACAUUUGGGAUAACGGUAUUAUAUUUUGUAGGGAAACGGUGAGAUCUGAUCCAAUCCAGUGAUCACGGCCAACUGGCCAACCGCGGUCCGCGCUGCGGGACUGAGGGCGCGGAUGAGGCGAUCUUCGUGGUGUCGCUGAGAGGGGAAUCGGACAGGACCCGCAUCCUUUCCGUGGACAAACCAGGUUUUGGGACUCGAACCUCCAUCACCCCUACCCUAUGUAGCAUCCUACAUGAUUUCUAACGGUCCAACCCCGCCUCCGGGGCUAGGGGAGCUUGUUCCUCAGCGUUUGACAAUAAAAUUCACUUUCUCAAUGGCCUCAACGGGGCCCAAUGCUAAUUUAGCGCCAUCCUGUCAAUCGAAUUUUUUGUACUCUCGAUCCGAAGCUGUGAUGGCUGUGAAGGCUAGCAGGGUUAGUUGGAGAGGAGUUCUGUUGCGGAGGCGGGCCUUGGAUGGACGAACUCUUUAUGGUCCAUGUGUGUGUGUGUGGUGGAGUGUGCGGCUAUGAAAAACCAUUUCCCCGAUUCUGCUCCAAGAGAGAAGGUUAACUUAUUAUUAUCGUUAUUAUUAUUUUUAUUUUUAUUAUUAUUUUUAUUAUGAUCGCUAUUGUUAUUUCCUAUCCCUCUAAACGUCUCAUGAACGCACGUCAGUGACCGGGUGACCUCCUGGCCAAAGCGUCCGCCAGUAGCUAUCCGAUGUCCACUUUUUUCUUCUUCUCGGCUACUUUGCAUAUUACCGACUGUUUCAUUUGCUGUGCUAUUCUCGAUAAAUUCUGCACCAAAUCUCUAUCCGGCGAUCAUGGAAGGAGAGUGUGGGUAGAGUGUGGUUCAUCUGCCCAAGCUGUGAGACAAGAGCCACUUCUGCAAGAAUUUAACGAGGAUGCAUCCGUCUCGGAAUAUUGAUGGGUUAGGGGCCCUCGACGGGAUCUACGACUCGAGCACCGGCACUGUCCCUUGGAGGACAUUUCUUUAUAUCCUGUACUCGUAGAUUGUCAAUUUGAGACCUGAAUAUUUAUAUUAUUUUUUUCCCCCCAAGUCACCUUGCUAUCCCCAACAUGGAUUCCAUCAAAGGAUUAUGAUAUGUCGUUGCACUAGCAACUUGGCUCCGCAAGACACCACCCGGUAGUAGAAGUGAUGCAUAGCAUGUUGGCCAUGUACGAGUAGCAGAGAUGUAGAAAAUACUUACCUCCCUCCCCCCCCCCUCCCAAAGAGGUUUUCGCCUCCGUUUGUAUUUUACCGCACAUACAUGUGAAAUUAAUUCAAGAGACAAGUUGCUAUGGAGAGGGAGGUGGGGGGGGGGGGAGGGGAAGUGGUAGUAACCCUUGCAGGUUCGUAGAGACUUUAUCAGCAAUUUCCAUUACGAUCUCCCAGCCACUAUCUUGCUCAAUCGAUUAGCGGAAGGCAGGUCCUUUUCCUUUUCUUUUUUUCUUCUAUCCCUCUCGCUCUCUUUUCAACCUGAACUAGAAAGUUUCGAGUCGACACCGAGAGACAGUCAGAGAAACCGAUCCUCUAGGGGGGAAGGAAACGGAAAAGGCAACUGAUUAGGCCGGGCGGUAUCGCGGGCACUGUAUUUAGAGUAUCAGCCUCCCUUUUGUGUUAUGAUCUUCUAGUUGGGGCUUGUUUUAUAAGAGCGUCUGUUCCCGCUAUUGAACCAGUUUUACUUCCUACCAAAUCCAAACCACCAAAAGAAAAGAAGAGGGAAAAAAAAAGAAAAAUACUUAUUGACUCCAACAACCCAACACAGCAUAGAUUGGAAUUUGCGUCAAAUGACAACCUUAUAUCUAGGCCUCGAGGAGAACAUACUUUCAAGCUCUCCAAACCUUCGUUGCUACUCUAUUUCCUCCGCGUCUUCUGGGCCCUCCUGCUCCACCACGCAGAACCACCCUUCCUCCUACAGAACGUUAACCCCUAAAUCGGACACUACAUCACCUAUGAGCUAUUCAGCAAAGCCCUUCGAGGAUGGCUUCCUCGGUCUACGCGAGCGCAAGACCCACAACGGCCAGUCCAUCGCACCUAACCUCCUCUCAUUAAAAGUUGAGGGUACCCACCGGGCACCGGACCCACCCCUAGAACCCGCCUUCCACCACUCUCAACACAUCGAAGACAUCCUGCAGCAGAACUUCAGCACCCAGAACUACGAGCAAUCCUAUCCACGAAUCACCAACUACCAGGAAUACGCCCCGCAACGGUACUCGUCGAAUAGCCUGUCCCCGAGUUCCAGUAAUGGCGACUGCCUCUACACCACCCACAACCGCAUGUUCGACUGCUCCCAGUCAUUCGCGUCCUGGGGACAUGAGUCGAAUUCGAGGGAGGCAUGCGCUGCAGUCGCGGCUUUGGAACUCCUGAUGCCCAAGGUGGGUAUAGGCUCUGAGGGGGAGGAGGAUGUGGAUAUGUCGGACAGGGACUCGACUGGGUCCAGUUCUGCGCCUGCAGUUGCGAGAAGGAAGCGACGCGCACCCCACCCACUUGUCAUAAGCUCGAGGGACAAGCCUCAUGUUUGCUCCGUGGGGGACUGUGAGAGCCGAUUCAAGAGGCCUGAGCAUUUGAGGAGGCAUGAGAAGACGCACACUGGCGAGAGACCCUUCUCGUGCACCAUCUGUGGGAGGAGGUUUGGCAGGAACGACAACCUUCAGACUCACAAAAAGACGCAUAUGAAGAUGACUGGGCGUAAUGAGUACAUACCUGGGCUGGCCUAAGGUUUUCGUAUCUCUCUCUUUCCUUAACCUCUACCUUGUUCUCUAGUUCUUUAGCUCGUUGUCUGGCUGUCUGGAUGUACUCUCUUGACUGGUCUCUUUUGUAUUUUUUUAUUUUUUUUCCCUCUUCCCCUUCUUUGACUUCUCUCGCCUCUAUUUCAUCGGGGCCUUUACUAUGGGUUAUUAGUUUUAAAUCUUGGGUUUAUUUUUAUCUACUGGUUUCUGGGUU